AACUUCGGUCAGGUUUCUAUAUAAAUCCUCCUCCUUAACCCAUCCAAAGACAGCAAAAUCAAAACAACACAGAGAGAUCUAGAGUGUGUGUCUGAAAAAUGGAGGAGGAUAUGGGGAUAAGCCAUAGAAUGGUUGAUGUGAAUGGAAUCAAAAUGCAUAUAGCAGAGAAAGGGGAAGGUCCAGUGGUUUUGCUGGUUCAUGGAUUUCCAUCACUCUGGUAUUCAUGGAGACAUCAGAUUCUCUCUUUAGCUGCUUCUGGUUUCAGAGCUGUAGCUCCUGAUUUACGCGGUUACGGCGAUACGGAUGCACCCACUUCCCCACAGUCUUAUACAUGUUUUCACAUAGUUGGUGAUCUUGUUGCUCUCAUUGAUACCCUUGGUCAAGACAAGGUGUUUGUGGUAGGACAUGAUUGGGGUGCAAUCAUCAGCUGGUAUCUUUGCUUGUUUAGGCCAGACAAGGUUAAGGCUUUGGUGAACCUUAGUGUCGCCUUUACUCCUCGAAGGCCUACCAUGAAACCACUUGACGCCUUAAAAGCUAUGUACGGCAAUGAUUACUAUAUAAUCCACUUUCAGGAGCCUGGAGAGAUGGAAGCUGUAUUCGCCCGGGUUGGUACAGAAACAAUCCUCAAGAACUUUCUGACACGCCACAGUCCAGCUCCACUUAUGAUAUCAAAAGAUGAGGGGUUUCCAACCGAUGUUUCAAUUACAUUGCCUUCAUGGUUAUCCGAAGAAGACAUUUGUUAUUACACUAGUAAAUACGAAAAGUCAGGUUUCACCGGAGGAUUC